UCCUGGAUGAAUGAGGGAGGGAUGGUACUACACUCUCAGAGGAGCAGGAAGAACUGUAUACAGUUAAUUACCCAACGGCAGAGAGAAAAACGAGGAGGAAAAGCAGGCCACCGCAUUUUGGCAGUAUUCUCAACAGCCUCAACAGCCCAGCUGGUAUUAAAGAAUGUCCACCACAGUCAUCCCCACCAAUAACAUGGAAAACAGCUUCAUCAUCCUGACCCAAGUGAUACCAGCACAAUCAGCUCCAUCUGGAACAGGACAGAACGGACCAGAGCCUGGAGCAGGAUUCUUCACCAGGCCAUUAUCCACAACCACAGGACAUGACCAGGACCGCUUCAGCCCAGGCCAAGCCAGGAGUUUCCUCAAGAGAGAGACAAAAGUCCUCGGGACGGUGCAAAUUAUGAUGGGCAUAAUGUCAUUUUUGUUUAGUAUUGUCCUACUCUAUGAAACCUACAUGUUGCUGUUCACACGUAGCUUACACGGAUUCUGGGGAUCCGCAAUCUACAUCUUUGCUGGAAUUCUGUCUGUGGUUGCAGAGAAUAAAUAUCAUCCUCAGUUGGUAAAAGCCUUGCUGAUAGUGAAUGCCGUCAGUGCUGUGACGGCAGGAACAGCUGUUGUUCUACAUUCCUUGGACAUAAUGUAUCAGUCAACCAACAUGCCAUGCUAUGAUAACAACUGCAACUUAUAUAUGAGGAAUGGGUUCAGUGGAGCGCUUCUGGUUUUCUCUCUGCUCCAGUUCAUCGUCUCUAUCUGCAUGCUACUGUUUGGUUUAGAUGCUUCCUUCUGUGCAGAACCAACGGUAUGCACUAGCAGCCAGUUACCAGCAUAUCCGACAUGCUGUUCACUGAAUAACCCCAUCUAUUUGCACAGAAAUGAAGAGAACAUGUUCGUGAUCAGCAAUCCCAACAUGGACGACUCACUGCUGGCACGUCCUCCACCCUACGACAAUACUGGGCCUCAGUUCCAGCAAUGAGUUCAUCCCCCCCUCCCCCCCUCCCCCCCUCAAAAAAGUAUUAUCAAGUUGAUUGAAUUUAAUGUCCAGUACAACUCGAUGCUUUCUACAGUGUUGGUUCAUACAGCUUUCCUAUAGGCUCCUGGCACCAUAUAUUUGCAUAUUAGGUGUGGCCUCUCCAUUACUUACCAUCUUUGUGUUGUCUGUUGCCCAAAGCUACCUUAUCCUAGGCAUGCUUCAGUGAAACAUAUGUGUUGAUUGCAUGCUCUUAGUGUUUGAAGGCUGUAAGAGCAAGUUAUUUUUAUUCUGUGUUUCUUGUUCUUACAGUAUGUUGGCUUAGAGCUAUAGCAUCUAAUCUUAUGCUGCUGCAGUAGCAGUUUUUUAGAAAUGUGCUAAAUAUGUUGAAAAAACAAAUGAUACAUAUAUAUUUAUUUUGUUUGCUAAAUGAUUUCAUGUUUUUCUUUUUUGCUGAUUAUUUUAAUGUAGUGAAAAACUACUGAAUUAUGUAUGUAUCUUUUCUUAUGUUACAACAUCUUAAACUCUCAUACUAUAAAAAAAUAAAACUUUGGGUCUACAAAAAAAUGGUUUGCAGUAGACUUUCAUUUUUAAAUAGCAUGAACUUAAAAACUUUCACCAUCAACAGAUCAUCAAUUUUUACAUUAACUGCACAAAAAAACUAUCUACAUAAAUCAAACUCCCAUAAUGAACACAGCAUCACAUUUUUAACUGAGAAUUCAUGACUAUUAUUUAUCUGUCAGUCAUAUAAGCAUUGCAGUAAUACAAAUAUGACCAGCUGGACCCAGACAGAAUAUAGCCUAUACAUAUACAGCAACAAAAACACAGUAACUAGUAAAAGUUAAGAAUCUUACAGCCUUCAACACGAAGGCCAGGCAUUAUUGUAUAACACAUAUGUGAAUACUAAGAGAAGCAGUCUGUGGGAAAUGACUACAUACUAAUGGUGAGUGAGAGGUGUGAGGACACACCCAAUAUGCAAAUAGGGUGACCAACAUCAUGUGAAAACCCCUGCAUAAUUGCUCAGUAGACCCUGUUUAACUAAAGAGUAAAUCUGAGCAUGUGCAGUAGUGCAGAGUAGUUGGCUUGACCUAAAGUAGAGUUCAACUACAAUUUGUACGUUUUGCAACACAAAAGAUUUAGUUACACCAACUUUUAACAAGAAACUUAAUAAUGUUAGUUGAGGUGAUUAGUUUGCUGUAGUUUAUGGUGCAAUUCAAUAUGUCUUGUUUAGAUUAAACAAUCACUUUAAGAGAACAAUUUUAGGUUUUUACAUUUUUUAGUGUAGCCUGUAAUUACCAAAAAUUUAUUUAUUAAUCUUGUUGAUUUACUCAUAUAAUGUAUUCUCUAAACAUUCUCUAUUGUUCCUAUAAUGUCAGUUUUGUAAAGUUGUCUUAAUAAAGUCAAACAAUGUCAAUAUUCAAA